GUAUCACUGUUAAACUUAAAUAUGUUUCUCGAGUCAAAAAUGUCCUUUAAUUUCCAUCCCUCUUUUUCUGAACUCUCCAAUAUGGAGGUAAAAUGAUAACUUCAAAUUGUCGUCUGCUUAAUCAAGGAUGUCCAAAUUUGUCGUCUGCUGACAGUUAACUUAAAAAGUGAAAAUGGAUGUUUAUGAAGAAUGAAUGAAGAAAAACAGAAGCAUUUGGGAAGGUGCAGAGAUGAAAAAAUGAUGAAUGUCCCUGGAGCUUCUAACAUGCAAUGACCUUGACACUGCCCUGUGUCAACUCACAGAGAUGUCAUCCGGCAAGCCAGUGUCUGAUUCAUUCCUUAAGCUGCUGAAGUCCGUGGGAACGAAACUAUUUUCAAGGCGGGGCCUAGCUGUAUAAUCAUCGCAACAUGUCUGAUGGUGCCACAAAACUUGAUGAUGAUGGCAGUGUGCAGUCAGGCAUAAAACGAGCAGGACGCACCAGAAUCUGCAAACAGUGCAAAUACACCACUACUGAUGUGCGUGAAUUUUCUAAUCAUCGACUUCACGCUCAUGCUGAUGAAAAUAACGACGAAAGUAAGACUGUGACUCGUAAAACCAAUUUGAGGAGAAAAUCGUCUGCUGCAAGUGAAAAAUCUAUCGUGACACCUACCGAAGUUGACUUUGAAAAGGAUUUAUUGAAAGAGGAUAAUAAAUCCACAAAAACUGACUUUGACAUAUCAGUUGAACAAAAACAAACAAUGGCUAGUGAACAAAUUUCACCAGAAUUACUGAGCAGUUUAGCGUUAGCUCCACGAAAGACCUCUGUAAAUGACUCGAAUAAUGAGUCAAUGGAGCGAGCCACUAUUGAGAAUAUGAAUGGAGUUGGAGAAGAAGUCUUGAUGGAGAAAGACGAUGAUCAAGACGAUGAGCCUAGACUCAUUAUUGCAGACGCAAGUGAAAAUGGUGACAUUGCCGAAAGUGAACUGAACAAUUCAGAUGGACUUGCCCCUAGUCGUAGUGGAAAUAUUCAAAACAGAAAUUACCUCUGCGGAAAUUGUGAUUAUAGCACUACUAGUGCUAAAACAUUUCUUCACCAUCAGCGUGAUGUUCACAAUUCUGGAAUAGCUAUUUACGAAUGUGACUUUUGUGACUACGCCACAAAAUAUAAGCAGAAACUUCCACGUCAUCGCCGCCUGCAUUUCUUUGGCAAAGAUGGCUUACAGGAGUCUGACUUAGAAAGCAGUCUAACUGAUAGAGAACUUAGAGAACAUAUGAACAAUACUAGUGUUAACAUGGAACUGUUGAAUGGUGAAGAAGACUUAGAUGAUGAUGCUGAGAUGUAUGAUGAAGAUGAUGAGGAUAUGGUUACAUUGUCAUCUCGUGAAGAACAGGUUGCAACCCCUGGUGGGUCCAUUGUGGGUGAUGUUAAGAAAAAGAGGAUCAGACAGGAAGUUGAUCCAUUAAAAUACUAUGAAGUUGUUGACGACGUUGGCGUGAAGUAUGCCUGUUCUAAAUGUGGCAAUGUGUACAAAUGGCGAAAGUCCUUGAACAAACACUGGAAAGAGAAGCAUUGUGGGGAGACGCCAGAUCUCACAAAACCUCCUGCAACUCUGCAGAAUUACACACUAUAUUCCCGCUACAAGGCCAAGUAUGGGGGCCAGCCACCCCCACCUGCAGCCCCAAAUGUUGUGUAUGGGGCAGCAGCAGCACCCCCUGCCAACCAGAUCAAACACCGGGGAACACCAACAUCCAGUCACAGUGGUUCGAGUCGCCUUGACGAGGAUCAACUCCAAUCAUUUCAGUCAGUCUCUAGUCUGUCCAAUGUUGUCAUGCCUCGAAAGAUUGGUCCAUUCAUUGGAGGUACCAACUCCAACAACAAUUCCAUGUUCAACCCAGCAGUCACUCUUGCCAGUCUUGCCAAGGGCUCGCCAAGGACUGCUGAAAGCCACCACGAUGUUCGACACAUGAUGCAUGAAUCCAUGGAAGCCAGCCGAGAGAAGGCGAAACUCAUCGAAAGAGCUCGAGAGAUGUUUAGCCAGCAAAGUAAAUCAAUGACAGCAGGAGAUGCCCAACAGAUGGAACCCCUAGAUUUUUCCAAGAAGUCAUCAGACUCCAGCAGCAAAUCCGAGACAAGCGCUAGGUCUGAGCAUUCCUGGGGCGAUAACAAUAGUGAGAGCGACAGUCUAACAGAGAUGCCUAUAUCAAUGAUGGUAUCUCAGGCCAACAAUCAGAUUGCUGCUGCCAUGAAGCAAAGCCAAGCUAUGGAAGUUGAUUCUUCAGUUCUGCAAUGUGGAAAGUGCAACUUCACUGCUAAGACACUCACUGAUUAUAGUUCACACAUGACCCUGCAUCUGAACAAACGUGCAUUCAAGUGUGCUGAAUGCCAUGCUCAUUUUACGGGUAUUGAAGAGCUGAACCAGCAUUUCCUUGACAGCCAUUCUGAGAAGAUUCAGGAACACAAGGAAGCCAUUCAGAAGAUUCCCCAUGGACUACAGCAGACAUACCAUUUGCUGAGAAUGCCACUAGACUCCAUCUCCAAUCUUUCUUCACAAGAACUGGCAUCCAAUGAACCGAAGCAGCUUAAAUGCAACAUGUGCAGCUUUGUCGCUAAAUGGCCAGCAGAGCUUCAGAAGCACGCUGUCUCACACUCAGAAGAGCGUCCGUUUGUUUGCAUGGUCUGCGGGUCAACAUACAAAUGGAAAUGGGACUUGGUAAAACACUUUGAGAAAAGCCACAGUUCCCUACCUAAUCCCUACAAGCGGCGCGAAGGCGGUGGGGUAAUGGCUGCCAACUCACCAGCCACCCCUCCCCCAGAUAUGAUGUCUACCCCAAAGCAGGAACCACCCAUGAUGAUUGACAUAGCUGCAAUGCAGGCUGGGUAUGCUGAUAAUGAAAUGCCCCCUGCUAAGAAACGCCGUCUCUCAGAGUCUGAGAUGCAACAAGGUACUGAACAUUACUUCAGAGAACUUGUGGAGAGGCAGAUGCAAGCUAGGCAUGAACUUGGUCAGCUUGAGCUACCUCCUCAUCUUAAAAUGCAUAUGCAAAACAGAGGUGCGUUUUCCGACCCCAUGCCCAAGCUGAGGAAUGAAGUGAUGAGAGAUGAGCUUGAAAACCAGACGCCUAAGAGGAAUGUUCAUGAAGCCCUGAAACAGAGACUUAACAACGGCAACAACAAGAUGGACAUUAUAACUCCUUCCCCGCCUUCUUCACUCAAAGUUGAAAAGAAGACUGACAGUAAGGGCAACGAGGUGAUGCUGCCGUAUAAAUGUACAGUUUGCGAGUAUCGAGCCAGGUGGCCAUCUGAGAUCUCCCAGCACAUGAAGAACCAUUCUAAUGAGAAGCCAUUCCAUUGCCCACGCUGUAGCUACAAGAGCAAGUGGAAGUGGGAUGUUGUUAAACACCUUCGUCGAUGCGGGGGCGGGACUGUGCAUGAUGUCAUCGACACAACCAAGGUCAAGAAGAUGGCUCCACCCAAUGUUAUGGUUAUGCCCGCCUCUUCUGGCCACCAGCAGCAAAGUCCAUCAAUGAAUUCUCACUCAAUGAAGAAGCCAAGUCCAAACCAGCCAGUCUUCCCAACAUACAGCAUGAAUCUGCCCAUAUCUCUACCAUCUUCAGUCAGCAAGAGCCUUGCAGCAAACUUUAGCAUGGUCAAGAAUGGCCUGGACAAUAGAGAGAAUAUGGACAUCGAUGGCAAUAACAGGUCGGCCUUCCGCAGUCUCACCUCUCCCAGUAUUCAUGGCUGCCCUGAGUGUCCAUUUGUUGGCAACAGUCCAACAGAACUGAAGCGCCACGCCUUGCUUCACUCCGAGGCGAAGCCAUUUAGCUGCCACACAUGUGGUUAUAGCACACGCUGGAAAUGUGACCUAAAAAAGCAUAUGAAGAAUUACGGCCAUGCCAAUACCACAAUAACACUUGACAGUGGUGACGAUGAGAUGGAAAACAACCAUGACGAAUUCACAGAGAUGUCCGAUUUAGACAGUGAUGAGGACCAGUCCACCCUAUACAUGUGUCCUCAAUGCCCAUACAAUUCAUACAAGAAAAAGGCGUAUGAGCAUCACCUCAAAAUCCACGGCGGAUGGAACAGUAUGAAUGAUGAUACCCCUGAUAAGAUGUCAAAGCAGAAAGAAAGUUCUUCCAAGUAUAAGUGCUCUAAAUGCAGUUUUCAUGGCAAUGACUUGUCGUCAUUCCUCCAGCACAAGCGAUCUCACCAGGCUGAAGAAAAUGAAGCUCAAGACAGGAGCGUUACACCAGUCAGUGAUGUUUCAAACAGAACUAUUCAGUUGAAACAUCGCAGAAAGCCAGUGAAGCAGUUGAAAUGUAGCCAGUGUCCCUAUGUCUGUUUCAAACAAGCCAGUCUAGACAUUCACGAUGCCAUGCAUAUCAUCCGAGGCUCAGAGACCUGUCUGUGUCUUUAUUGCACUUAUAAUGUGUUCAACAAGUCCCUGCUCUUGAAGCAUAUGAGACUACAUCCAGAGUACAACCCAGCUGAGUGUUCCGAAGCUGAGGGCAAGGUCACUGCUGCUGAACUGAUGGAGAUGGAAGACCUCGAAGAAAAGGAGAUCAACGGUGAUGAUUCUGAAAGCUCUGACGAGAAUAACUUUGGUGACUCUCAGAAUGAAGAUGACAUCCUGGAUUUCUCAGCAAAUGCUUCACGAACAUCUACACCCGUCAGUUUACCUAAUGGUAGUGGUAACGGUAAGCAACAACCUUCACCUACCAAUAACAAUUCCAUCCUCAGCAACAUGAAUAACAAUGAGAAGACUAGUCCCAGUUCAGGCAUGAAUCUGCCCUGUGAGUGGUGUUCAGCAACAUUCCCGAAUGUGGUUGCACUUUAUCACCACAGUCAGAGCUUGCACCCGAACCAGUUGCAAGCCCAAGAGGCUGGUGAUGUCGCAGCCCGACAGGCUCCCAGCAAGGAGUCCCCGCUGGAACAGAUUGUAAGGGAGAGGCAGCGGGAGUACCAGGUGUACCAUCAGUUUAUGGCCCGUCAACAGCCCCAGAUUGCCCUCCAGAUCCAGAGCCAGCUGCAGUCUGGAGCCCAGGGCUCUUCUGAUCUCCUCCGCAAGCUGGUCCCCCUCGCCCCCAAGCCCCAGACGUCCACCACACAAAGCCCUGGAGGACAGACGCAGCCACUGGAUGUCAACAUUCCGAUGGAUGUCUCGAGCCAAGGUGAGCAGCUUUCACCUAAUCAACUAGCAGCUCUUCGAGCAAGAAAAAGUGUCAGUCUUCAGAAGAAAGCUAGAUCAUUUCAAUGUACAAAAUGCACAUUUACAGCUCCAAAUGCAGUCACUUAUCUUCGUCAUAUUGAACGCCAUGGUAGCAACUGUAAACAUACCUGUCUUUACUGUGAUUACAGCAUAGAUCGCCUGAACCUGUUGUACCAGCACAUGAAGGGAACGCACCCAUCCAAGUGGUCUGGCACUACCGAGGAGAAGAUCAGUCUGAGUGUAAACGCAGAGGACGGCAACAAUAACUUCAUUGAGGAAGCUGAGGACAAUGCUGCAGAAGAUCCGGACGCUGAUGCCAGUGCAGAAUAUCUCAAUGGCAGAGAGGCUGCUAUCACUGAAGGUGGCGCACUGUUCGAUUUCCAGACACAAGGGCUCAAGCCGACCUUGGUGUUACUAGAUGAGACCACUUGGAGAGGUGUGCAAAUUCAGGUGUGUAGUCUCGAUGGUAGGAGACAUUUCAAGUGCCUUAAGUGUAUGUACAUAAAUUCAAAUGCAGCAAACACUGCCAACCAUUCCCAGCAGCAUGGACUGUUUGCAUAA